AUGUCCCGACGCUUAGGAAGACCCGCAAAGAAGAGAGACAGUGCGCAGGACGAUUCGCUCGAUUGUGGAAUCUCAGAUCACCCUCGUCACCAGACCAAUCGACGAGUUCGGAGUCCCAGGAAGAGGAAGGUCAAGCGGGACUCGGGGCAGAGAGGUGGCCAUGAUAUAGCAAGUCCCCAGGAUGACGAGGAGGUGAUCCUGGACGAAAUCACCUUCAACGACUCUAUUGUAGAUGAUAUGUCUACAGAGGAUACACGCCUACCAACCCCACCAUUCCUAGACACAGACAAAUUAUCACUCUAUGAGGGUUCCGAUAGCAUAGAUCUGUCCGACAACUGGCUACAGGAGUUUAUAUCUGGACAGUCAGCCGACUUGGCGCAGGACCGCAACUUUCUCGAUGCUCUUGGUAUAAAUAAUACCGACACUGGUCUUACAGCGCUUCCAUCAAGCACAAAAGAUCUCACCGGCUCUACGGGGACAGUCGACAUGGCUUCCUUCGAGCUGCAGGAUCAGGUGCCAUUGGGCGCGUACUAUCCACCAGCAAGUGGCCUCUCGGCCUACAGUGAGCCAACGACUGAAAGUGCGCAGGCAAUGGCGGAUAUAGCGUCCCCUUAUACAGCGUUUCUUAAAAGGGAUUCGAUAGCUUGGCCACAGACUGUACCGUCUUCAACAGAGAGUGAUUCUGCUAGAUUGCCUACCGCCAGCGAGCAUCUGAACCCACUAAUUACAAGCAAGGGGCAACGACGCACCCACGAAUAUAAUCACUCAUCGGAGGGUCCAGGGUUCGCCACGACUAUUACAGCCCGCCAAUAUCAGUGUCAGUGCCAUGAUCAUAUUGCUCGAGAUUUGAUGCUGCUCAAUAUCAGCGCUUCUCGCACAUGGCCAACAGUCACAAUUGACUCAAUCUUGAAAUGUCAGCAGAUCCUACAGCAGUUAACCGAUACCAUCCUCGAAUGCGCCAUUUGCUGCAAAACACGGGUAAACUUGCUCAUGAUAGUCGUUGUUAGCAUCGACAGUCUAGUAACCGCACUCGAAACAAUCACGUCCGUUGACGGUGGUGUUUGGGAUGGCGUAUUUGUCGAGUAUCACGAGAGUCGCCUUCGGGAAUAUGGACAGGCGAGUUUGAAUGGGGCUGCCAAUCGUCGGUACAAAAACGCAAGCUUUCACUUCAAAGCACAGGUGGAGGAAUGUCCAUUCUCUUCCGUCAUCAUGGGGAAGGUUGAGCAUGAUUACAGAGACGAAUCGAAGGGUACAGUUGGUUAUGACGAAAAUGAAACUGCCGGCGAGACGUUGAAAGGGUACAAUACCUGGAGGCCAUUCGCCGUAUAUGCGGCCAUGCCCGGUCUUUUGAAUGACACUGCUUUUUGGAUGCAAAUGGUAGUUUGGGGACGAGUCCACUGUAACUGCCUCCCACAGAUGGAACCCGAAAGCAGCUGUAGGUGUUCAAUCGAUGCCUUGCAAAUUUUGACGGAGAUCCAGAAUGUAGACACGGUCGUGGAGUUUGAAACGAUACUGGACUUGGUCCAGCGCGUCUAUAGACAAGGACAAGCUAUGCUGAAUUGCAAAGAUUGUCGCAAAGUUCCGCCACAGUCUUCCUCCGUCUUAACCAUCCCGGCCCUCGCCGAUCAUUGUCUUUCGUUGUUUGAGGCUGUAUGCUCAGCAUACAGCAUCACCUACAAGAACUGUCUCUUCGACGCGAGCAUCCUGGCAUUUGAGCAGCCUCUGCCCCACUUUAUUUGCAUUCGAAGCAAGGUGCAGCUGGGGGAAACAGAUUUGGACGAAGCCGAGACGGGGAUGUUAGUUCGAACCCUUCUGUGUCGCAAUUCUAUGAGGCUUCUCAGCCUACUAGAGGCCCUUCAGGGCAUCCUCCGAACGCUUUCGACGGACAAUACCCAGGUACACCGAGCUGGGACGGCCACGCUGCGGGCGUACGAGUCGUCCAUCCAGUCAACCAUGCACCGGUUCGUGGCAUUCUUGGACCAGAUAAAAGUCGAGCAACGUACGUAA